AUGGAAACGAGACACGUCGCCAUGUGGGCCAUGUCCGAGAAGAUCCACACGAUGGAACAGCUUGAGGGACUUCUUGAGAUUCACGCAGUUGGCUUGGAUGGAGAUGAAUGUUCAGUGCGAGUGCCUGCUUCUCUCACAGGUCGUCAGCUUCGAAAGAUCAUCAGCGACAAGCUUCCUCCCAAAGCUGGUGCAAGAGUUGCGCUGCAACAAGGACCUGAGAUGCUUCUUCUAGACAAGACCCUAAGAGAAUCCUUUGGGCUUGUAGACUCUGCAUGUGUGACCUAUGUUUACAUACCUGCCAGCCUCUAUGAAGCCUGGAGAUUGCUUUCAGGCUUGCCCGUUGCUGAUCACGCGAGUGCGCUGGAAGGCAUGACCCAACUGGAAGGUCUUUCAAAGGCUCAUCAGCUUGAGACACUUCCAAGGGGCCUCCACAGCCUUGUGUUUGGCUUUCACUUCAGUCAAAGUCUGGAGACUGUGACUCUGCCCUCUCAACUCCGGAACCUCUCAUUUGGUCGAGAUUUUAACCAAAGCUUGGCAGGAGUCACCUUUCCUGAAAGUCUUGAAAGCAUGACAUUGGGUCAACGUUUCAACCAGAGUUUAAAUCAAGUGAAUUGGCCCGGCCUGCGACACUUGACCCUUGGCGAUUCCUUCAAUCAGAGCUUGGAGAAGGUUUCUUGGCCUAAAUGCCUUCAGAGUCUGACUUUCGGCAGAGAUUUCAACCAGAGUUUGACCGGAGUUGCUUUGCCCUCGACCCUGCAAAGUCUCACAUUUGGCGAUCAAUUCAACCAGAGCUUGAAGGGAGUUACUCUACCUGCCAGCCUUCAGAUUUUGGUCUUUGGAUACUUGUUCAACCAGACCGUGGACGAUGUACUUUGGCCAAGAAGCCUUGAGAGUCUGACAUUUGGGGAUGAUUUCAAUCAGACUUUAGACGCGCUCAGAUGGCCUCAAGGUUUGAAGCAUUUGUCAUGUGGUGAUUUCUUCAACCAGCCCUUGGAUCGCGUUUGUUGGCCCACAGGCCUCCAGAGCCUACGCUUGGGGCAUUUCUUCAACCAGCGGCCAGACGGAGUGACAUGGCCUCGAGACCUUCAAACUUUGACUCUGGGAGACGAGUUCGCUUCGGAAAGCUUCACUUGGCCGAGGCACUUGCGCAGUUUGAGCGUUGGCAAAGGCUUCAAAGGCUUCAAAGGCUGGAGGUGUGAGGAAUCGCAUUCGCCUUCAUGCCUGGAGACUCUUGUUUGCUGUGAGCUUCACCACUUGGAUGAGACGUUGCCCGCGAAUUCCAGCGGAUUCAAGCAGAGAUGGGACCGUGACCGGUCCGCAAUGUGGGGUGGUUUAAAGCACCUGAGUUUGGGUGAGUUCAACCAGCCAGUGGAUGCAAUUCGAUGGCCGGAACAUUUAGAGACCUUGACCUUGGGUGAUGAAUUUAAUCAGACUUUGGAUGGCGUUCAGUGGCCAGAGGGUCUUCUAGAGCUGAAACUGGGCAACAAGUUCAACCAGAGUCUCCAGCAGAUCACAAGCUGGCCAGGUGGGCUACAGAGUCUUAGUCUCGGAGAUCAAUUCAACCAAACGUUGGAGAAAGCCGAACGCCAGGAGCCUGCUGCAGUUCGCAGCAAGCCUUUGAUGCGGCGGCGACAAGUCUUUGCGGAGGAGAGCGCCACUGCCACUGAGCUCGAAGAUGAGUUUGGAGCCACAGUCAACCAGCCAUGGCUGUGGGUCAUGCCCGGAGAUCCGUGGUAUGACCAUGUCAGGCCAGUGGAAGCAGAGGCACAGUGGAUCUUCGUGGAUUUCGCGGUCGGUCGCCGUGCGCGAGACACGACACCGAAACGAUGGACCGCGCGGAUCGGCCUGCGGCGAGUGGAGGCGGGAGGCUACGCGCUGCCGGCGCGGCCCAACCGGCAAGCCUUGGAGGCGCCACCUGCGCGGGCGAAGCCACGGACUUCGGCGCAGGUCCUGGGCUUGGAUGGCACGACACUCCACGUCCGUGCUGCCGAAACGCUCUGUGGCCGUGAACUGAGAUCGAUGGUGCGGGACCGCUUGGCGUCCAAAGCGGGCGGACGGCUCUGCUUGCAGAUGCUGGGGAAAGGAUCCGAGAUGCUUUCCAGCAGCAAGACUCUGAAAGAAGAAGGCUUAAGGGUGGGAUCUGCUGCCAAAGUGACCUAUGUCUACACGCCCACGAACUUGCGGUUGGCCUGGAUGUUUCUUCAGCAGCUGCCUGUUGAUGAGGAGAGUCCAUUGGAAGGGAUCGUGGAGAUACAGGGGAUCAAAAGCCUCCAUCAGCUGAGAGAACUUCCCCAGAGUUUGCGACGCCUGUCCUUUGACAAUCACUUCAAUUCCCGCACCGAAAUUGGACGAGAGGGCCUUUCCGAGGAGUCUAAGGAGUCUGACGCUGGACCAGAGUAUUUCUGGGAUCACUUUGCCCAGGCGGAGACCGCCUGUCGGGUGAGUCCUCGGCGCUCUCUGGCGCGGAGGGCAGAGGCACGCUCUCCCAAUCGCUCCGUGCGGCUCGUCGACGAGGCCUUUGGGCAAAACCGCCAGAGCGACCGUCCGCGCUCCAAAGGGCGGGCGGCCCAAGAGGAGAUCAUCGAGGAGUUCUUGGAAGGUUUGCUCGAUGGCUUCCGCCCCUCGGAGGGUUUUGACGAAGCGUCGCGUGUGCACGGCCGGAUGGCCGGCGUGGGCCACCGGAGCCCGGAGAAGGCACCCGUCUUGCAAGACCCCGGGCAGCUUGGUGCGGAUGUCACGGACAUCGUCACGGCCACCUCGCGUGACCUCGCGCGGGUGACGGGCGGAUCGAACUGGCAGGAUUUGGAUGGCAUCCCAAAGGCGACCGCCAGCUUUGAGAACCAGAGGAAGAUGCAGAUGUUCCGCGAGCUCAAGGGACCCGGGACAGGGCAGAGGUCCAGACAGUCGGCCUUCGCCGCUCUGGGUGCUCGGUCGGCCGAGCCUUCCGACGGGCUCUCGGUGACGCUGCGGCGCCACGCCCUGCGGGCCUUCUUGGAGGAGACGUGUGGAAGCACAGCCAAUGCCUUCGACAUCAUGGCAGGCUUGGCGUUGAAGGCCUCCCUGGGGGCCAGUGGCACUGCGGAAGAUCGGCUCCGCUACGCCUUCCAAGAGGAGGAGUUCCGCCUCGCAUUGACGGGGCUCGGGUAUGGCCUGGGUGCCAAGGAGGCCUGGUGGUCGGCGCUCUUCGUGGCGGUGGAUGUGGAUGCUGAUGGCGCUGUGACUUUGCAGGACCUCUACGAUGCGCUCGUGCUGGCGCUGCCCAACGAGAAGGAGGCGCCGCCGGUCUUCUUCACCGAUUCGCCGCGCAACCUUUGGGCGCGCGACCCGAGGAUUCCGGCCGAAGGACACUUCGGAGCUGCCGAAAAAGUGGUGCUGCAGGGUGAUCAUGUGUCUCCGACGGUGGCCGAGCUCGAGGAUUUGGACCUGGAGCGGGCGUUGUCGCAAUUCAUCAAGGAUGAAUAUCCGGAUGAGGAGCCAAGCAGAACCAGCCGUUGGGGGCGGUGGUUUCGGUUUCCGGGCGGAGGUUGGAUGAGAUAUGAUGAGAUAUAUCUUUGACGAUUUUAUGGCGCUGGAGGUUCGGCCGUACAACAUGUCACGACGCCUGUUUUCGUGGUGGGUUUCGGUGUUUGGGUGUCUUUCGUUGGCGGUUUCGUGGCGGGUGCUCGGGGUUUUGGAGCGCCAACAUCGUUCUUUUUUCGUUGGGAGAGAAGAGGCGAAAGGCUCGAGAGUGUGUGAGGGACGAGGUUUCCCAAGAAAAGAG